CUGAAAGAAAGAAGGGAGGAGGAGACACUGAGGAAGUGAGAGAUAAGUAAAAAGAGAAAGAAAGAUGCCUCAGACUCCUUCGACUAGAUGGUGCCCAACCCCAGAGCAGCUGAUGAUACUGGAGGAGAUGUAUAGAAGUGGGGUUCGGACACCAAAUGCCGCGCAGAUACAGCAAAUAACUGCCCAUCUCUCCUACUACGGGAAGAUUGAGGGCAAGAAUGUGUUCUACUGGUUCCAGAACCACAAGGCAAGGGACCGCCAGAAGCUCCGCCGGAGGCUCAGCCGGCACCAGCAACUGCACCUCCAGCUCCACCAGUCAGAAGAUGCUCCUCCUCCCUCCCCUACCCUCCAACACCAUAUGCCUCUUCAGUUCCUUCAUCAGGGUUGCUUUCAGGAGGCAACAACCCAAGGUAUGGAUUUGGUUGGCAAGUUGGAGACUGUUGGAACUGAAGAAGAAGAGCCGAUGACGAGUGCUAUGGGGUUUGAGCAUGAAUGGAUGGCAACGAAGAGUAUUGGCUCACCUGUUCCUCCAUGCUGCAGGCCUCUGAAAACUCUGGAUCUCUUUCCUGUCAAAAGCACCAGUCUUAAAGAUGAAUGCAGCUCCUCCAAGUCCUCUUCAUGCUCCACGUCCACCAACUAACAGCAACUAGCUGCAUGUUUCUCUGGGUCUAUGUGUCUGCCUUUAGUUCUUCCAUAUCAUGUAUCAUUUCUUAAUCCUUGUCACUUUCUUCUGCUACUGCUAAGACUGUUAUGGA